AUGUUGUCUUUUUUUCUUUUUUUUUUUUUAAUGGUAUUCUUUGAAGAUAUUGGAGUUAAUCUAACUGAUUCAAUGUAUCAAGGAAUCUACCAUGGAUCAAAGAAACAUGAAGCUGAUUUAGAUGAUGUUUUACAAAGAGCUUUUGACCAAGGAAUGAAAAAGAUGAUGAUAACAGGAGGCAGUCUAAAAGAGUCAAAAGAAGCCAUAGAAUUGUCUAGGAAGGAUGAACGUUUAUUCAGUACUGUGGGUUGCCAUCCAACAAGAUGUCAAGAAUUUGAAGAAAGUGGAGACCCUGAAUUAUACUUAAAUGAACUCCUUUCUUUGAUCAUGCAAAAUAAAGACAAAGUUGUGGCUGUUGGAGAAUGUGGUCUUGAUUAUGAUCGAUUGCAGUUUUGUCCAAAAGAAAUUCAGCUAAAAUAUUUUGAAAAACAGUUUGAUAUUGCUGAAAAAACCCAACUACCCAUGUUUUUGCACUUAAGGAAUGCAGCAGAUGACUUUUUGGAAAUUCUGAGGCGAAACAAACAUCGAGUAAAAGGAGGAGUGGUUCAUUCUUUCACUGGAACAAGUCAAGAAGCUACCGCUUUAAUGAAUGAAGGAUUCUACAUUGGAAUUAAUGGAUGCUCAUUAAAAACUGAAGAGAAUAUUGAUGCAAUGUGCUCAAUACCAAGCAGUCAUUUGAUGAUUGAAACAGAUGCUCCUUGGUGUGAUAUCAGGCCUACACAUGCUGGUGCCAAGUUUAUCAAGACUACAUUUCAAUCAAAGAAGAAAGAGAAAUGGGAAAAAGGAUUCUGUGUCAAAAGCAGAAAUGAGCCAGCAAAUAUUGUGCAAGUCUUGGAAGUUAUGGCAGCAGCCCGGAAAGAAGAUGCCACUACUUUUUCUGAAACUAUUUUCAAUAACACAAUGAAUGUGUUCUUCUCAAAAUUAUAA